CGUCUUUCGAAUUUCCCGCCCCUCCAAUAGGGGGUGCCACAACAACGUCUUCCCAGAUUUACCUCUCUCGGGGAGUUGCCGGAACACAAUCUGCGCCCGCUCUUCCUCUUCAAGAACCUACUCUCCCACCGAUUGCUUUGUACUUCGAAUCGCCACACAAACAUACUCUAUCCUUAAACCCACCGACUCGGUCUUGUGUCGAAAGAAUGUCCUAUUCAUCUGAACCUUCCGCGCAUACAAAUGGUGGUUCACAGGGGGUACAUCCCCCGCAGGUGAAUGGGGAUCAUCACGCUACGGGGCCAACGCCUAGCUCAAACGACCCUCCCGACGUCCCAGCAUCUUCCACGAAGCGAUCAGAAGUCCUCCGCAACGUCUUUCCACGUCCCUCUCGCGGUGUCCCUCCUCUGAACAAACAGCCUAUGGAGCGGGUUAUAAAGCCAGGGUAUCGGCGAAGCGCUCUAUCGACAAUCAAGCAGUCAAAAUCGCGAGUUGCUUUUCACAAGGUUAUCACGUCGUUCUUCAACAAUAGCAGUCCCAUACCUGAUAUGUCUCACCCAGGAAGCAAACACGCAGGUUCAAGUGCUUCUAGUACACGCUCAGGGCCUGGUUCUAUCUACGAUUCCAUACAAAAUUUGGACGUCGUGUCACCAGGGGCAUUCAUUUUUAGUGGCCCAAGUUUGAGAUCGACUCAUUCCGGCUCUCUGAGCACCUCUACUUCACGGCUACCUAGCGUAACGGAAUAUGACAGCGAAUCACAUUCACUUCGUCGUGUACAGUCAGCGACGUUCUCCAUUGAUAGCGUUAGUCUUCUGGACGAUGCUAUACUAGAACCUUUAAUGGACCAUGGCAUCACCCGCAGUAUGUCUGAUGUUCUACUAGGAAUGAGUGCGUCGUAUGAGGAAUUGGGAAGACCUAUAGCGGAGGAUCUUGAGGAGGACGUCUUUACUGGGGAAGAUGACCCAUCACAGCGAAUUGCAUCCAGUCCACCGGCACUCGACGCUGUUUUGGCGUUACUUCUCUUACCGUAUUUAGAUCCUCCGUCGUGGAGGGCAAUGAGGCUGACGUGUCAAUCGUGGCAUUCCACACUCGACCUUGUUGCGCCGCCGAAAUUCCCACCUGCAUACGGUGUUCCCACAGAGAUUUUGGAGCAGGUAUACAUUUAUCUCGGCCCGAAGGACUUUAAUGCCGCCCGACACACGUGUAGAAACUGGAUGCGGGCAAGCUUGAGCAAGAAAUUGCUAGUCACCAUGCUGGGUCGGGGUGGAUGGUGGAGUAGCGUUGAGUCCGACCUCAAUCAGAGAAAACUGGCAAUGAAUCUCGCUCCCGACUCAGAAUCUACUAGCCAAGAGUGGUUUCUAAGCCGGCGUCUCUCAAGGGAAUGUUCUUUGUCGUCGGCGUGGACAGGCAACGGUCUGGAUAGUAUCAGCAGUCAAAGCUCUUUCUCAGAAGUGUCACAGACCGAUUUCGCGGAUUUGGCAAGUGGAUAUACUCCAUCUACUAGUCGUCACAAAGCCGGACUUGUUUUCACAACCAGCAUCUGUGGUCAACUAUUGCUUGUCGCGAGAGAUACCCUGAUCUACAUCUACGACCUUCGCGGCGGGACUCUGAGGCCGCUUACUAGCGUUAGCUGUCCAAGGAGAGUUCUUUCUAUGAGCAUGAAUGUUUCUUCAGGCAGAAAUGCUGUUGCAGCUCUACUCGAAGGGAGGAUGGGCAUGGUGUGCGAGCUCCGGUGUGGCCGUAGCACGGGUAUUGAAAGCCCCGUCGAAUUGCAUAUCGAAAGCCAUGGACAUCCUUAUCGCACUACAACAAAGGCUUCCAUCAUCACAAGCCGCGCAAGCGAGUAUGAGGCCGGCAUGGAUAUUGCCGAUCUGACCUCACUCAGGCGUCGAUGCUCCCGGCCCAACACAGAUGAGCUCGACCGUGCAACCUUCAGCUCUGUUGAUGUCCAAGCUAAUUACCAGGCUAUCUCUCUACAGGGCACUGACGACCAUCGUACAGUUAACUCAAGCUCUACAGGGGCUUGUGCACGAAGUAUUCCCAUUGAAAGCGGCACCUCUACGUUCUACCGACACUUGUGUUCCGAAGACGAUCCACCGCGUAGUGUCUCGAUCUGCCCACAACGUCGCUGCGUUGCUUUUGGGUGCUCUGCAGGUAUCGAGCUGCAUUGGAUUGACGCUCUUACUGGCCAGAGUUUGAGUCGAUGGUUCCCGCUCACGGCGCCAUCCGACUAUCUCUACUUCUUAUCUCCCCGUCCAGGCUUUGAAUCAGCUAAGAAACUGCGACUCAUCUCCAGCGCUGCACAUCCCGAUGACCGCCCUGCUAUAUGUCGCAAAUUCUUCUUCGGGCCGCCCACUCUGAGUUCAAUCUGGAGCUCGUUUGGACUUGAAAACAAUACCCGUCGUCAGGGAUUAUCGAGCUGCGACCACUACCAUGCCAUUCCUCUCAGUGACGGUCAUCACGUUCUUUUCAUAGACCCUCCGACCGGCAAGCUCUUCCUCGGUUGUGACGCGCCUCUUGGCGGGCCAACAAAGCUUCUUCGCAAGAUCCUCUUCGUCCCCCCAGAAGGCAAUCAAAGCCCUCACCUAUACACCGCGGCUGCGGAUCUGACGUGGGGCGCGCGAGUGGUUGUCGCUUUCGGCGAUUCCAUCGUACUUUAUAGCGUCCCACCAGACGUCUUCACCCUCUCCAGACUAGAGCAGAAGGCAGAGAGCUGGGACGUCUACACCGCGCCCCCAUUUACCACUGCUGGCCGUACCAAGGACCACUGGCUCAACUGGUGGGACGAGCCCUACGCAUUGCAUCGCCCAGACCUCAUCAAUCCCAUAUGGCCUAUUGCAAUUCGUGGUACGACGAUCGGGACCUUGAACGGGGUCUGCGAGCUUGCUAUUGUGACCCUACCCGAUAUCACAAUCUGGGCAUUUGCUCUCAACUCAAUGAGUAAGACAUGGCAGGUGCAGAGCCAGCCGAGCACGGUAAGUCCGUCACGGCGGUAUAUCUGCCGUAGUGGUAUUGCGCAUGACGAGAUUACCGGUGGUGACGUUAGACCACCGCUUCCGCCUUCAGAUCCUAGCCCUACUACGAUCGCCACGCCCGAGCCAGAAGUAGAGAGCUCGAUAGGCUUUGACGGUAACUCAUCUCAAAUCCUAGUCAAACGGAUGGAGAAGGCUCUUAGUAUUGAGAACGACGAGUGGGUCGAUUUUGUUGACGUCAGGGGCUGUGAUGCUUGGUAUGAUGGGAAUGGGGAUGUUUUCAUGAUGGACCUUGACCCUUGAGAUUUCUUUGUGUGAGGGUGGGGACGAUGUUGGUGGUUAUAGCUCUCUUAUUCCUAGUGCUCCUCCGUUUUCCGUCUUGAAUUCUGUACCUAGAGAAAUUGGAUCGGAC